ACUGGACACUCCCCUCUCAACCUUAGACGUGGAUGUCUGCGUCUCUGAUUGGUCACUGAGCUUGGCUGACAACACCUGCUUGACUCCAUCUAAAUUGACGACCCGCCCGGGUUCUGGGAAAUAUAGGCAGCAUCCCUGCUGUCCCAGGGCUCACUCUCUCUUUCUGUCUCACUCUCUGCGCUGCUCGCCUGAAUACAGUCUACAACAGAGUGCUCCUGAGUUACCACAGACAGACAGAGAGCAGACUGGCUGGUUGGACCAGCGCGUUUCCGAUACAACACUGCAUCAUUGUCUCAGAGCAGAGGGAAGGCAGACUUUAGCACAGGUACAUACUGGUCUUCACAGAUAGAGGCAGAAAUGUGGUUUAAAUUUGCAACAGUGCUGCUGGUUUUGUCAGUUUUGGAGCAAGUGGUGGGAUUGGAUAAUAUCGAUGUUCAUGACAACCCGUCAGAGAAACCGGCAAGCCAGAAAGGACGGAUGUCUCUGCAGAACACAGCUGAGAUUCAGCACUGUCUGGUGAGUGCAGGAGACGUGGGCUGCGGUGUGUUCGAGUGUUUUGAGAACAACUCUUGUGAGAUCAGAGGCCUGCAGGAGAUCUGUCUGACCUUCCUACACAACGCCGGAAAGUUCGACUCCCAGGGUAAGUCGUUCAUCAAGGAUGCUCUGAAGUGCAUGGCCCACGGCUUGAGACACAAGUUCAGCUGCAUCAGCAGGAAGUGCCUGGCCAUUAAAGAGAUGGUGUUCCAGCUGCAGAGAGACUGUUACCUCAGACACAACCUGUGUUCUGCAGCCAAGGAGAACGUUGCUGUCAUGGUGGAGAUGAUCCACUUCCAGGACCUCUUCCCUAAAGGGCCGUAUGUGGAGCUGGUCAACAUUCUACUGAGCUGUGGGGAGGAGGUGAAGGAGGCCUUAACCAGGAGCGUCCGGCUCCAGUGUGAGCAGAACUGGGGGGCUCUCUGUGACAGCCUGAGUGUCUGCUCUUCCCUCACCCCCCCUCCCGGUCAGUCCCCCGCCUCCCCCGACCACCGCCGCCACAGGUCCCCCCACUCCGAGCCAGACCACCCCAGACCCCCCCGACAGGGAGACAAGGACAAGCCCAGUAAAGGCGGCUUCAAUGCCCACCCCCGCAGCCGCAGCCAGGGUCCCCGUCGACAGGGCCCCGAGGCUGGGGUGGUGGCGGAGCAGGAAGGCCCUGAGGCCACAGACAUCCGGAGGUGAAAGAGACAUUGGACCCUAACUAUCCAGAGCCCUCCCUGACCGUGUCACCAUCAGAGCCCCCUCCCCACACACACAUACACACACACAGACAUACACAUAGGCAGAUACUGUACAUGCAAGAACACACACAUCUACACACAUACACAGACUCACUCUCUCUUUCUCUCGCUCUCUCCGUCCUCUAUCCCUCUCUCCCCCUCUCCUCUCCAGUCAUUCCAGAAGUCCCAAAUGGUACAUUUGCAGGGUAAUGUGGUGUAGCUCGUUCAGUUACUCCAGAUUGUAGUCCACAAUGUUGUUUCUGUUUAUUAUUGAAUAAUAAUAAGUAUUAUUAUCCUGAUUUUUAUUUGAAGUGUUAGGGCUUUUUGGGCUCUAAUAUAGCGUUUCUCAAAUCAUACUCACUGUAACAUCUGAUUAUAUUGUAUUAUUUAUUUUAUUCUUUAUGCAAUGUUUAAAUAUCCAAAUGUACAUAGAAAUAUACGUAUCUAUAUUUAUACAGUACGAACAUGUAUAAAUAUAGUCACCAUAUAAGAUUAUAGUACAUGGUGUGUUCUGUUGUAUAGCACACCAGACUCCAUCACCACCCAUCUGUAGAUAAAUAACAUACAGCUUUGUUGUUUCAAAGUGGGAAUGUGUUGUUAGUAUUAUAAUUCUAGAUACUUGAUGAUUAAAUACAAACUGUACAGGUUUUGAAGUCCAGUUUUGGCACAUAUAGCUUGUAGUGCAUGAGGUUGGGUUACCAUGGCAAAGUAAACAAACUGGUACAUUCUCUAAUGGCCAGCUUCCAUCGUUAGGAUUCCUACUAUUAGGGCGCCCAGGACACAGCGUCUGUCUGUAGCAGCACAUCCAUAGUGUGUCUCAAAUAGCACCCUAUUCCCUACAGAGUGCACUGCUUUUGACCAGGGCCGUAUGGGCCAAUUGGGAUGCAGACAAAGCGUAGUUCUCUCAGAAAACCCUCCUCUGAUCUCAGCUAAUGUGCUAAUGCAUCCAGGUGCCUCAACAUGCUGGUUCCAUCUGUAGUGACUCCUCUUUGUGAGGCUGAGCUUUACUAGAGUGCACUCAACUGGGGUGACAAUGUCAAAGUACAGUAAGUAGCACUAGAACGAUUCAAAGGUGAUUUGCAAUUGAUUCGGUUUAAAGAUUAAUUAUAGAAACUUUUAUUGGACACUUAGGUACAAACGUUUCUGUUGUUGUGGGAACAGACUCGCAGACAUUCAUACAGACAGCCCUACAGACACACUACAGGCAGUCCUACAGACCGUCCUACAGACACGCUACAGACACACUACAGACACGCUACAGACAGUCCUACAGACACGCUACAGGCAGUCCUACAGACAUUCAUACAGACAGUCCUACAGACACGCUACAGACACACUACAGACACGCUACAGACAGUCCUACAGACACGCUACAGGCAGUCCUACAGACAUUCAUACAGACAGUCCUACAGACACACUACAGACAGUCCUACAGACACGCUACAGACAGUCCUACAGACACGCUACAGACACGCUACAGGCAGUCCUACAGACCGUCCUACAGACACGCUACAGACAGUCCUACAGAAACGCAGUAGACAGUCCUACAGACACACUACAGACAGUCCCACAGACACGCUGCAGACAGUCCUACAGACAUGCUACAGAAUGUCUUACAGACACGCUACAGACAGUCCUACAGACAUGCUACAGACAGUCCUACAGACAUGCUACAGACAGUCCUACAGACACGCUACAGACAUGCUACAGACAGUCCUACAGACACGCUACAGACAGUCCUACAGACAUGCUAUAGACAGUCCUACAGACAUGCUACAGACAGUCCUACAAACACGCUACAGACAGUCCUACAGACACGCUACAGACAGUCCUACAGACAUGCUAUAGACAGUCCUACAGACACGCUACAGACAGUCCUACAGACAUGCUAUAGACAGUCCUACAGACAUGCUACAGACAGUCCUACAAACACGCUACAGACAGUCCUACAGACAUGCUACAGACAGUCCUACAGACAUGCUACAGACAGUCCUACAGACAUGCUACAGACAGUCCUACAGACACGCUACAGAAUGUCUUACAGACACGCUACAGACAGUCCUACAGACAUGCUACAGACAGUCCUACAGACAUGCUACAGACAGUCCUACAGACACGCUACAGACAUGCUACAGACAGUCCUACAGACACGCUACAGACAGUCCUACAGACAUGCUACAGACAGUCCUACAGACAUGCUACAGACAGUCCUACAGACAUGCUACAGACAGUCCUACAGACACGCUACAGACAGUCCUACAGAGACGCUACAGACACGCUACAGGCAGUCCUACAGACACGCUACAGACAGUCCUACAGACACGCUACAGACAGUCCUACAGACACGCUACAGGCAGUCCCACAGACACGCUACAGACAGUCUUACAGACACGCUACAGACUGUCCUACAGACAUGAUACAGACGCGCUGCAGACAGUCCUACAGACAUGCUACAGACAGUCCUACAGACAGUCCUACAGACACGCUACAGACAGUCCCACAGACACGCUACAGACAGUCCUACAGACAUGCUACAGACAGUCUUACAGACACGCUACAGACAGUCCUACAGACACGCUACAGACAGUCCUACAGACGCGCUGCAGACAGUCCUACAGACACGCUACAGACAGUCCUACAGACACACUACAGACAGUCCUACAGACACACUACAGACAGUCUUACAGACACGCUACAGACGCGCUGCAGACAGUCCUACAGACAGUCCUACAGACACACUACAGACAGUAGCACCCCAGUAACUGCAUCUCAGCAAGCAUCUCUAGUGUGAUUGAUUGAUUGAUUAGUAUGAUUGAUUGAUUGAUUAGUAUGAUUUAUUAGUAUGAUUGAUUGAUUGAUUAGUAUGAUUGAUUGAUUGAUUGAUUAGUGUGAUUGAUUAGUAUGAUUGAUUGAUUGAUUAGUAUGAUUGAUUGAUUGAUUAGUAUGAUUGAUUAGUAUGAUUGAUUGAUUGAUUGACAGGUGUGUUUCUGAUGAUACCACUGAGCGCUGUACAGCUGAAGCCAUCUCCAGACUCACCACUAACUGUUGACAGUCUGUACACUAACGUGACACCACAAGACUAUGAAAGCCCACUGAGUUAAACGCUUAGGCAUUAGCCCAGGGAGAUAACACAAAUACUGAGCUUUCUGCCGUCGAUGCGUUGUAUGCAAUCAAGUAACCGGAAGCAGUCAAUCCACAGUGUCUUCCUGUAGAAUCACCAGGUCAGACCAGGGGAGGUAGAGGAGGAGGAGGAGGAGGUGGUAGAGGAGGAGGAGGAGGAGGAGGAGGAGGGGGUAGAGGAGGUGGUAUGAACGCGUUCUGUUCUUGCCCCCUCUCUCUCUUCCUUUCCAGAGUCCUAUGCUAAAAUGGCACCCUAUUCCCUACAUAGUGCAGUACUAUGGGCCCUGGUCAAAAGUCCUACAGACACGCUACAGUACUAUGAGCCCUGGUCAAAAGUAGUGCACUAUAUAGGGAAUAGGGUGCCAUUGGGACGCAUCCCCAGCAAGUCCACACUUUGCGGCUCCGGCUGCAGUCCGCUGUUAUUCUAAAUUGUAUAUUUACCAAGGCCACCAGAGAAUUCCUCUGGGCUACAGCCAAGAGCUGGCCGGCCGCACGGGGAGAGAGAGAGAUGGAGGAGGAAAGAAGGACGACAACUACACUCAACGGUUCCUGAGGAGACACAAUUUAUAGAUUUCUCUCCUCCUCCUCCUCCUCGUCCUCCCUGUUCCUUCUUCCACCUCUUCUUAUAGUUCUGAGGUGUCUGUUGGCCAGUAAUGCUAUCCUGCCCAUCUUUCUAUUCAGACAACCUAUUGCAGUUUAUUGACUUAUCUUUGGGCACCAGGUGUGUAACUCCAUUAAGAAUGUAAAUGACUGUAACUGACCAUCUGUUCCACACUGUCACUAUCUUCUCCAUUUUGUGUUCCAGGAGAAAUAGACUGACAGUGCUUCCUACUUCCUGUUUCUCAGUGUUCCAUACAGCGCAUCACUUCCUCUACACCCCCAGUUGGGCAUCAGAAUGACCUUGCAGAAUGUAGUCUGGUAUGGUUUUACUUCACGUGUCUGAUAAUGUGUAUACAAACAGUACUAUGAAACUCUAAGGACUCAUGGAAUCAAAAUCAACAGAAAUGUAACUUGUUAUCAUUAAAAGUUACUUUUUUUGUGGA